CUGUGGCGCCCUUUUCGGAAGUAACUUAAUGCGGGAUUUUGGAUGUAGUAAUGGAGCGGCUUAAACAUGAUCAGUUUGUAAAAUCUUCACAGUGCACAAUCAGUUUCAAUUCUCAGCUCGCAAGUCUUAAAAGUUCUUUAGGGCUGUGGGAAGAUAUGAUAACGAAAACAUCAAAAUUAAGUGCGUCGUUGAAAACUUUCAUCCAAUGUAUUGGUGGAUUCUUGGAAGCAUUUCAAAAAAUUGCAGAUUGUGCUUACAGUAGUAAUUGUGGUCUAAGAGAACUUGGCAGUUCAAUGACUCGCUUCUGUUUACGUGAACGUGGACUAGAGUCCAGGCUGCGUACAUUUAAUAGUCAACUGAAUGAAUGUCUAACUGCUCCACUUAUUGAUCGACUUGAAGAAUGGAAACGUACAGUCGCUCAGUUAGAUAGAGAAAAUGGUAAAGAAUGGCGUCGGGCUAAAAGUGAACUACAAAGAGCAACAUGUGAGCUUGAAAAGCUUUCAAAGAGAUCACGUCGAAAGGGAAGUUCAGUGUCCAAUGGCGUUGGAGAUUUUGAUUCACACAAUGAAAUUCAUGCAUUUAAAACACAACAGUCAAACGAUUCAAAUAACAAUAGUAACAAUAAUAAUGGAAUCCUUCAAUCUGGUGAUAAUAUGCACUUGAAUUUUGCUCAACAUGAUCUAAUAUUGAAACAGAGAACACUGGCUGAAUUGGAACGUGUCAGUCUGCGUAGAGCAGUGAUUGAAGAACGUCGAAGAUUUGCUGAAUUGCUUACUUGUUUGAAACCAGUUCUGGAUUCAAAACUGGCUAUAUUCGGUGAUGUCAAUUUAUUCGAAGAGUCUAUUCUAGCUAUAACGCAUAAUUCUUAUGAUCCAAAUCAAAUACCUGAUGAAAUAGAAGAAGCAAUAGACUAUGCAGUUGGUCAUGUCACUUCUAGCCUGACAUCAUCUGAUCGUAAAUACUCAACGUCAGCAUUUGGUGCCGGUGGUGGUGGUGGUGGGGGUUGUAGUAGUAGUCGAUCUGAAUCACGAUGUACACUACGAUCAACUAAACAACAACACUCUGGAAUUGGUAGUAGCACUAGUACUACAGGAAGUGGAUUGGACAUCUCUAAUCAGCAUAAUAAUAAUAAUCAUUAUUACUCUAGUAGUGUUGGAAGUGGUGGCCUAUCUUGUCAUGCCUCGGAAUUAAGUCUUCAAUCGUCUAUAUCUGUGUCAACGAAUAGUUCAUGGAAUAAUAACAAUAUCAGCAGUGGGAAUAGUAAUGGCAAUAAUAAUAAUAACAAUAACAAUACUGCUAGUUGUUACAAUAAUCACUCACAGUCUACAAUACACGCAUCUAAUCAACAUUGUGAUGCUUUAAACUCUAGCAAUAUAAACAAUACAGUUAUGCCUGAUAGUAUGUCUUCUCAUACUCAUGCUGGUGUCGGCGACUCUGUUAGUCUAUUUGAAAAUCCUGAAGGUUCAAUUAGCGGAGAAUCAGUUUCAUCAGGCAGGCCAGUGCAAAAUUCAGUGCUUGACUCAAUCAAUACAGACUGGAUUCCCUUACCUGGUCUUACAAAUAAAGAUGGUAAUUUCAAUGAUCGUAAAGUACAACAGACAAAUACUGCUGCUGCUUCUGCUGCUUUUGCAGCUGCUGAAGGUGAAUAUACGUCAGAGAAUGGAAAUAUACGAGAUGAUGAUGAUGUUGGUGAUGUGGACGAUAGUCAUGAUGUUACAAGUGGUGAUGAUAUUGCUGAUCAAUCUGGAGGUUGUGGCGGUGGUACAACAGCGACAACAAACGACGAUACUGAUGACGGGGAGACUGAUGAUGAGAAAUUAGAGCAAAGUAGUCAAGAUUUGAGUAAAUCUCGACAAACACCAAUGUUAUAUCCAAAUCAAGCUAUCCCUGCACCAGUCUAUACAAAUUUGAAUGAAUUGAAAAAAGCAGCUGCACGUAAAUUUCAAAAUCGUCAAAAUUCGCCAACUGUCACCUCAACAAACAACAACAGUAACAGUAACAACAAUGAAACUGUCAGUAGUAUUAGCAAUUCAUUGUAUGCCGGUCGAAAGUUUAGCCUACAGUUAAAUGAUUCAGUGAUAACUUCUUCAACGCCGCAGCCGCCUCCCCCUCCUCCUUCUAUUCCUCCUAUUGGUGCAGGUAAUGGUCAUGCUGAAGAGUCAUAUGCUGUUACUAACAUAAACAAAUUUGAUCCGAAUUUAUCUCAAUCAUCUCAAGUUAUCUGGCCAUCUAUUAUAUCCAGUGGGAAAGAAUUCGACGGCGAGAAGUGUUAUACACCGCCUGCUUCUAUAGGUGUUGUUGGAGGUCUGACUACUGCACCACUAUCGGACAUAAUUACCAGAAGCAACAACAACAAUAGCAAUAAUAAUAAUAAGAGUAAUAGUAAUAUGCAUAAUUCAUGGGAAUAUGAUCAUAAUCAUGCUGCUGCCUUAUUGAAUCAAUCCACUUAUCAGAUCAAUAAAUCAUCAUCAUUAUUAUUAUCAUCACAGUCAACAACAACAAUUGGACAAUUGCCGAUUACACCAUCUACACCAUUUGCUAGUGGGGUGGGUGUUGGUGUUAGUGUUGGCGGUAGUACAUGUGAUCUGUUGCAAUCCAAUGUUACUGUUGGCGGCGGCGGUGCUGGUGCUGUGGGUAGCAGCACAAAUGAUAAUGAGUAUAUUACAACAUGUGUCAAUUCUGGUACAUCAACAUUUCGUCGUCGACAAUCAGAAUACUUUAAAAAGUCAUUAGAUUGUGGAACAAAUCCAGGGCUAUGUCCAUCAUCCCCGCCUUUAAGUUCAUCAUUAAGAAAUAGUAAUUAUGCUUCAAUAGUAACACCAGGUCUGAUACGUCGAGGUAGUCAGGCGGCAUAUCAGCAGCAGACAUCUCAUGUUGGCCGUCUAUGUGAUCGUCCAAUUCAUCCACCAAGACGUUCAAGUAGUGUAAGUCGUGAAAUAGCUUCACAUAAUAAUAACAAUAUGCUCAUGAAUAAUAAUACGCAAAUCAGUCAUAACAGUAAUCAACAUUAUUCACGAUUAAAUUUAUCUGAUUUUGCUGGGAAUAAAAAUCCAUCACCAUUUACAUUGUCACAUGAGUCAGGGAAUAAUAAUAAUAAUUUUAAUAAUAAUAGUCGAUUACAGUCGAAUCCUUAUAUGAAUAGUACUCCGCCGACGCCACCGCCUCCUCCUCCUGUAUCAUCGUCUCAUUAUCAACAACAGCAAUAUCAACAGAAAUCGUUAAGUUUUCAACAGACAAACCAGAAUAUGCCUCAACAAUAUGCCUCCUACAGACAACAACACCAAAACCAGCAAUGCUAUCAAGAACCGUCUGGUCCACUGCCUGUAUCAUCGUCAUCGACUUCAUCAGCUUCGAAUGUAAACAAUUCACAGGGUUCUCGUCUUAUCGGCGGCAGCAAUAUGGAUGGCAGUCAAAAUGGUAACAAUGGUAAUAAUAACAGUCAAUUGAUGUUUGGUGUUAAAGUUUUGCCUAAUAUAACGCCUCCUACACUACUAGGUAAUAAUCCUAUUGGUAGCCAAUCGAGAUUACCACAAAGAAGUUUAAUUCGUCAAGCAAGUUGUGAACCAUUGGGCGGUGCUGGUGGUACAGGGAAUAUGAUGACAACGGAUCGUCAAACACAUCAACACUAUAUUCAGCAACAGCAACAACAACAACAGUCCCAUUAUGCUGUUACUGGUGGUGGUGGUGGUGUUGGUGUUGGUGGUGUUCAUAGUCCAAGGAAAAAUUUCUAUUCACACCAACAGCAACAACAACAACAAGGUGUUCCAAUGAUGUCUCAGCCUUCUACUAUGAAGUCAAAAAAUCAAUCAUUCACAGACGAUGGUGUAACUAGUUUUAUUGAUUAAAGAAUCUUUGGAAUGAUGUCAGAAGGCCCUGCGUUCCCCUAUCACAACCCCUUCCUGCUCUUCUUGGAUUGAUAACAUGGUCGAAAAAUGCCUUUCCCACUCACUAUCUUUUCAUCUUAAAUGAUCAAUGUAUACUCAAAUUCUUUUUUCCAUUUUUCUUCUUUUUUUAAAAAACAUAUUUUUGAUCAUUAAGUGGGAGGUGUUCAAGUAAAAAAAUCAAAAAUCAAUCUUUCAUUGAAUAUUUCUUUCUUAUCAUUGCAUAUUGUAUUACUUCACUUAUGUGUAUUUAUACAGGCGUUGUUGUGCGCGAAUUCGACCUAUACACAUGUAAUUGUGUGCAUAUUCGAUUUAAUGGUUCCUUAACCUAUCUUUACAUUGUGGAGGUGGGUCGCCUGCCAGCUCCGAGUUCGAAUCCACAAUCUACUGAUUUCAUCUUUCAAAUCACUGGACGGGUAGCACUAGUAGUAGUAGCCCUUAAAUUAAUAUUAAAAAAGAAGGAUGUGUGUUUGUUCACUACUAUACUAUAGCCCGGUGUUACUUAUCGGGUAACUGUUGAAUACUCUUUGUUUGUUUUAUUGUUUUUCUGUUUUCUUUGACACAAAAAAUGGAAAUUAUGGCGCCACUGCUUUCUUCUACUUUUCUGAUGUUACUUUUUAUCGGUUCGGUUGGUAUAUGCGUGCAUAUGCGCUUCCCUCUGUAUUAUUACUAUACACAUUUAUAACAAGUGCAAUGAAAUAAUCAAGGGGUUGGGGUGGGGAGAGUAAUGAAAUGAAAUUUAUUCAAACAUAACUUUAACUUUCCCACUUUCAUCCAUUCAUUCCCCUCUCCUGUUCGUUCUCUCUACUCAAGAACACAAUAGUGUCGUCGUAUUGUUUAUCUAUUCUUUUUUUGUAUGAACAUUACUGUAAUCACCACUGUCUUUUUUUAAAUAACAAAUUAUUUUUCCUUGGCUAGUUGAUAUUUCAAUUUUCAAGCUCCUUUCAAUUGACUACUACUACUACUACUGAGACGAUUUUUAUCAGUAGUAUAUAUAUAUGUACGUGUAUAUGUUUUGUGUGUGUGUUUAUGUAUGUGGGAGCGAGAGUUACUCACAAACCUCGCUUGUCUCAUUCUAUAUAUUUUGCAUGAAGUUAGUGCUGACAGAUGCACGGAUUCUUUCGUUGUAUUAUAACUCAACUCUAUAACAGUUUUUCAUGUAUAUGAGAACAGAACAUGACUACACACACACACACACACACACAAUAUACUCCUUAUUACUACUACUAAUAAAUACUUAACUACUAUGACAGCUUUAUUUAUUUUAUAUCUUUAUCUUUAUCGAUGGGUUAUGUUGUUGUAUACACUUUGAUAACUGAUACACUCUGAGUGGACGGGUGGACACCCUUCCUCCUCCCAACUCACCCCUACGCAGUUACACACGCGCAAAAGUAAUCCUGUUCUCUUUUUGUUUGUUUGCUAUGUAACAAAAAAGUUUUCUUAUUCACUUGCGCUUGUUUAGUAACGAAUUCUUAAUAUUCAUCAUGUGAUUUCAUUAUUAUUUACUUGGAUAUAUAUAGAAAUAUAUUUUGACUGAUA